UAAUUGGUUGUCCGGUGAAAAGCCGCCGGCCGCGCGAGACUUCGUCGGAACCACUGCAGAGUCAGUGCACCAAUGGCUAACGUCGUUGUCCGUUGACAGUCGCUCUUGAACGGUCCAAGAGAAAAUUGCGUUAAUCGUCCGAACGUCGUCUAUGAAGUUGUGUAUCGUUACGGCAUUAUCGUCUCUUAAAACGUACGCAGUGCGCGACGCUUACGAUAUUAGUUUUUUAUUUUGUCUUUUUUUUUUUUCUUAAUUUUCACCGUCUUUUUACCGGUUUGCUCAAGACCAAAAGCCAUGCGCAACCAAACGCGGUUAUUACGUAGUGUCUGUUAACUGGUACAUAUCUUGCGGGUUUGUUGUUUACAGUUCGGACACAUCGUCGAGGAAAAGCUUGCGCGCCCAAGGAAUUUGCCUAUGUGAUUUUCCGAUAAAUAGAUCUAAUGCUUGUGCCAUAAUGAAGCACGAAAGUCAGCACCCAGAGCUUAUUCCAACCGGAAAAGGAAAACCAUUUAAGAAGAGUAUUAGUUUAGGAGCCUUGGGUUUGGGUAAACUGUGGCGAAGGCGUUCUGUGACCAUAACCGAAUACGAUCCAUGUUAUAAGGUCGUUUAUUUGGGCAACGUCCUUACUGGCAUAGCUAAAGGUGAACUGUGCGUAGAGAAACCGCUGUGCAGCCUGUGGAAGAACUACACGUGCAACCAAAAGCCGGACGUGCACAUGAAGCUGACGGUGACACAGUCGGGCCUGAAGGCGUUCACCAAGGAGCAUGGAUUGACCGAGUACUGGAGCCACCGGGUCACCUACUGCCUGGCGUCGCCGCAGUUUCCGCGCAUAUUUUGCUGGGUGUACCGGCACGAGGGCCGCAAACUCAAACAGGAGCUCCGGUGCCAUGCGGUGGUGUGCUCCAAGGACUCGGUGGCCAAGCAGAUCGCGGGCCAGCUGCAGAACAGGUUAGCGCAGGCGCUGAACGAGUUCAAGCGUGACAAGAUUAGCAGGCAGAACGCGCGACUGUCGCUGGCCAACAGCGUGUACGAGAACCCGUCGUUGCCCCGGCGCAAAAUACUGCUGUCGACGGGCUCGCACAACUAUAGGCCGCCGCUGGAGCGGUCCAAGUCGGCGCCGCGGCUCAUGUCCAUCGAGGAGAGCCUGGAGGAGGACGAUGAGCUGCUGGCCGAGUGUCCGGCGUCCAGGAACCGGUGCCGCGCGGAGAACCGGUUGCGCACCGGCACGCUGCGCAACCGGCUGGGCGGAUUGUAUGGUGGUUUCAGGGAUAUCGGCACCGCCGCCGCCGCGGUCAACGCAGCGGCUGCGACCGACGAGACGACCACCGGCGGUGCGAUCGCUGUCGUCGCCGCCGUCAAUACCGAGUGCGAAAUCGAAAACCGACUGGCCGAAAGCCUGCAACUGCGGGAUGACUGUUGUACCGCUGCCGCCGCCGGUGACGCGGACACGGUGAAACUACAGUCCGUCGUGGCGGAUUCGUCGCUGCCGUCGUACCGUGACAUGGUCGCGGAAGGCCAAGAGUUGUUGUCCGAAUCGUCCGCAUCAUCGGUUCUCGGGGAACAGAAAAAGCAAAAGCGGCCGUUGUUGCCCAAGUACAACGAAGUGAUCGUGGAAUGUCCGCAGGGUCCUGAGGACGUGUGCUACAAGUACAACAGUCUGGUGCGGGACCGGAAGAAGCUGUUCGAGACGAUCGGAGGGGACGCAGCAGCGACCGGUGGGCGUCGCAAUCACUUCAAGCGGAUGAGCUCGAACCCUGAGAUGAUCGGCCCGCACAACAACCUGGUGAAGAACCGCAAACUGCUGUUCGAGGGCAGCUGUCGGGAUGAGGAGGACGAGGACGAGGACCUAGAUGACCUGGAUGAGGACAAAGACUGCGGGUACCCGGACGACGAGUCCACGCCCAGCCUGCAGAGCAUAUCUAGCGGUGGAUCGGACGUGUGCAAGAAGAUCGCCGUUGAUCUGGACUCGUUGUCCGAGGAGGACAGCGACGAAAGCGGUUACGUGGAGGCGCCGCCUCCGUCCCUUUGUCCGGCUGACGUGGACGAAAAGGAACUGCACAAACACAGCAGCAGCAGCAGCAGCGGCAACCAUGUGGCCGUCAGAAACGUUAUAGCUCAUCGUGUCGGGGCGUAGUACGUAUCGAGCGAUCGCAUGGGAAAGAAUAUUUUUUUACUCUGGGGCCCCGAGGUCGUUUGUUUACCAGCGCGCAACAUCACCGUACGUUGAGUACGUACACAUCGAUAUGAUAAUAUGUUGUACAUAAAUCAUUAUCAGUGGCGUACGCUUGGGUUCUACCCCACUCCGGAAAUAUUUUCCUUUGCCCAAAGUUUCAGUGUUGAUUUUUUUUAGUAUCGGUAUAAUAGUGAAUACCCUAACUAAAAUCCCUCGAACACUAUUGAUUGUUAUUAUCAUUGUUGCCAUUGUUAUUCGAAACGCGUGCACUCCCCAGCGUGAGCCACGCGUGGGUGUGUGUCGAUAAGCAAAGACGUGGCGAAAACGGAUUUAAAAAAUGAAAACCGUAUAUGUAUGACAGGAACUGCAGCAGUUUUUCGUGUGUAACAGAAGAAAUGGCAACGGGUCGACCACGCAGAUAUCACACGUCGUCGCGAGAAGCCGUCCGAUGGCGGCGACGGACGAAAAUUAGUUUUACGUUGUACGAAAGCAACCAGUUUUAACUUGUUUAUUUUAUUAUUAUCAUACGAAAUCCAAAUGUUCGAAGCUUUUUAUUCCUUGUCAGCACUGCUUAUUUUCUCUUCCCGCCACUGUAUACCUACCGCACAACAUUAUACCACGUGCGUUUAUUGUACAUAGUGUGUAAAUAUCACAAAUCGACCUAGUCAAGCAUUCGUAUUAUUAGGGAUUAGCAUCUAUAAGUAGCGAAUCAAAUGUACAUGUAUAUGUGUGUGCUUAGGGAGGCGAGAGAGAGUGAGGUCGACUCGGAUUUCAGAGCGUUAUCGUUCGUCGUCUUUUUAUCGGGUGCAAUAAAAAAAAAGUGCACUAGUUUUAAACGAGAACAUUCAUUACAAAUACCAAAAAAGGUGCUAGCUAAUUAAAUUAGGUGAAUAAUUGUGUUUAUACUUAUACAUAUGCAAAUGUGUUUCUAUUUAGGAAGAGGUGUAGGGCUACCUAUAUGUACUAUAUAUAUAUAUAUAUCGUGCACACAUUAUUCACGUAUACAAACACGUGUGAAUUGUUUUUGCAUUUAUUCGAACAAAAAUGCGACUCUAGAAAUAUUCCGAAACUAUAUGAUUUAUUUUCAACCAUCAAAACGAUGUGUUUUUUAUUUUUGCUAAAAUUCAUUAUUAUAAAAUUUAGA